ACUAAAUUAUAUUUCUUGAUGAAUUCUGACCAACUUUUUACGGAAACGAAAUAUUGAUCAAAAUAUUUCUCAUGUACUAUUGAUAUCGGUUUAGAUAUUGGUUUUGUAUUAAAGAAAUUAUUAACUAUUUAAAAUUAAAUUGUCAUUCUGAUUAAAAUUCAUUUUUUAAUUAUUUGCAAACUUCAUUAAUAUUCUUCAAUAAUUUAUCACCAUGUCGCAGGAAACGAUACAAAUGCUUAUGGACAUGGGUUUUCAAAAAGAAAAAGCUGAAAAAAGUGUUUCAAUGACUGGAAAUCAAGGUGUUGAACCUGCUAUGGAGUGGUUACUAGCACAUAGUGAUGAAAUGGAACCAUCAACUUCUCAAGCAAGUUCUGCACCAAAUACUACUUCUGAAACUAGUACUUCGUCUUCAUUAGUAGCUAAAUCAUACAAAUGUGAAGACUGUAAGAAGAUAUUUUCUGAUACAUCUGCAUUAGAAUAUCAUGCUAUGAAAUCUGGCCAUAGUAACUUUUCAGAGUCAACCGAAGAAAAAAAACCAUUGACUGAAGAAGAAAAAAAAGAGCAAAUGAAAAAAUUAGAGGAACGUUUAAAGGAAAAACGUAAGGAACGAGAGGCCAAAGAAAAAGAAGAAGAAUUAGAAAGAGAAAAAGUUCGAAUUCGAUCCGGAAAGGAAAUUUUAGCUGCCAAAAAAAAGCUUGAAGAUGAAAACAUAAAAAAAAUGAUGAAUGAAAGGAAACGUGAAAAACUAGAAGAAAAAAUAGCACGUGAUCGAGUAAAAGCUCAAAUUGAAGCUGAUAAAUUAGCUAGGAAAAAAUUAUUUGGUCAUGCCUCUGGACAAGAACAACCAAAAGAGGUCUUACCAUUAGCAGCUAUAAGUCCUCAAAAGCAGUUAAAAAAUUAUACAGAAGCCAAAUUACAGAUCCGUCUUACAAAUGGUCAAACUAUUAUCCAAACAUUUAAUGCCAAAGAAGUUCUUGCUGCUGUGAGAGUUUAUAUUGAACUUCAUCGAUCUGAUGGUGAUGCACCUUUCUGUCUCAUGACUAGUUUUCCAAGAAAAGUUUUUUCAAUUGACGACUAUGAAAAACCACUUGAUCAAUUAGGUUUGGUUCCCAGUGCUGUUAUCAUCUUGACUAAGACACCUCAGUAAAAUGUAUAGAAUUUUAAAUAAUUAAGACUACAUUCGUAAUUUUACUAUAAAUUAAGUUUUUAUAUCAACAAU